AUGGCUUCUCAAAGUGGUGAUGGUACCAGUGCUUCUCUUGAUGGUGGAUCUGACUCUACCACCCAGGUAAACUACCCUCACCCUACCCCUUCUAUUGAUAUUGCUCAAAAUACCAUAAAUCUUUUUCCUGUCAAUAAUGUCAAUCUGAUUGCCUGGAACCUUCGUGGCUUUGGUAAAAAAUCUGCUAAUAAGGAGCUUAGCUUACUUUGUAAGAAUGUCAACCCUGACAUUAUUUUCCUGUCUGAGACUAAAAUGAAUAAAGACAUGGCAACUAGAAAAUUAAGAAACAUGGGAUUUACUUGUACUUUUAAUGUACCCUGUGUUGGUAGAAGUGGUGGUCUUGCUCUUGCUUGGAAGAAGGAGGUUCACCUAAACGUUAUUUCAUCCAGUCUGAGGGGCAUCUAUGUUACUUCUACUGACAUCAUCCAUUCCAAGACCUGUCAUAUUCAUUUCAUAUAUGGAGAACCUAAUAGUAGUUUAAAGCAAGCCUUUUGGGAACAACAAUGUCAACAGAAUACCUCCUCUUUAGAUGAACCAGUUUUAUUUAUAGGAGACUUCAAUGCUCUAUUAGGUACUGAAGACAAAAAUGGUGGUCUAGAAGUAGAUGAUCCUGAUUUCGAAAACCUUAGGAAUUUUUGUACUAUUUUUAAUAUGUAUGAUCCUAGUUUUUCUGGUCCUAGGUUUACUUGGUAUAAUAUGCAACAAGGCCCUGACUUGAUCCUGGAAAGAUUAGAUAGAUGGACUCUUCUGACCAUUGCCAUGUGGAUAGAGGAUCCUACUUGCAGAGACAUUAUAGUUAAUUCUUGGUCUGUUAAUGUGGUAGGUUCCCCAGCCUACAAACUUAAAGCCAAGAUUUUAAGUACUAAUAAAGGAUUAAGAGAUUGGAAUAAAUCUUCCUUUGGUAAUACUCAAACUAAUAUAUCUACCAUUAGGAAAGAGUUGACUGACCUCCAAGUCUCUAUUCCUACUGACACCAGUAAUACUUCUAGACUUAAAGCUAGACUUGAAUAUCUGUAUAACUUGGAGGAAUUAUAUUGGAAGGACAAAUCUAGAGAAGUCUGGCUCUUGGAAGGUGACAGAAAUUCACCAUAUUUCCAUAGAGUAACUCUCUUUAGAAGAAAAAGAAAUGCUAUUAGCUGGAUAAAGAACUCUUUGAAUACUAUUCUAACUGAUAGAGAUAGUAUUGGAAAUUCUUUCAUAGAUUAUUUCAAAGGCCUGUAUUCCUCCCAACCUCAGCAAUUUCAGGAUUAA